AUGCCAUAUGGUCACUCUAGUCCAUAUUUCCAAAUGGACAAUCCGGCUAUACUUUCGCUGCUCCGGCCUACUCCAAAAGAUAAGCAUCGUAAUUCGAGUUCGACGAGUAGUACCGGUUCCGGCGGCUUCUUGCGUAUGUUCAAGUUCUUCCCUAUGUUAACCUCAGGGUGUAAGAUGGCUGCAUUGUUGGGGAAGCCCCGGAAGCCAUUGCUGAAGGACGGUAUAAUGACGGUGACGAUUUUCGGAUACCGAAAAAGCCGGGUUUGGUUAGCCAUACAAGACAAUCCCUAUUGCAUGCCGAUGUUUGUGAUCGAGCUACCGAUGCUCACCAGCGUGCUUCGAAAGGAAAUGGGAUCGGAUAUUGUGAGGAUAGCACUAGAGAGUGAAACAAGGACACAUAAGAAGAAGUUGUUUAUCUAG